UUUCAGGGCAAACUUGGUUUAUAAUAACCAUAUACAUGACAAGCAGAAGCAUUCCGUAAUGAUUGGAUUUCACCCCUUGUUUGCAUAGAGUCUUCAUCAAACAUUUGCAAUGCGAAGUGUUUUGCUUCAUCUCAAGCUCUGGUGAACAACCAUAAACUAUACUGUUUCAUGUAAGCUUGAUUGGUUGCAAGUGAAUCCAUUAUCCCUCAACUGAAUUACAAUGGCUGAGGAAGAUGUUUACACAAAAGAUGGAACAGUAGAUUACCGUGGAAAUCCUGCUAACAGAAAGGAAACUGGAACCUGGAGAGCAUGCCCUUUUAUUUUAGGAGAUGAAUGCAGUGAGAGAUUGGCAUACUAUGGGAUGGGCACAAAUCUUGUGACUUAUUUCAAGACUCAACUAAAUCAGCAUAGUGCUACUGCUUCCAAGAACGUUGCAAAUUGGAGUGGAACAUGCUACCUCACUCCACUGAUUGGAGCCUUUGUGGCUGAUGCCUAUCUUGGAAGAUAUCUGACCAUUCUUUAUUUUUCAGUAGUUUAUGUUAUUGGAAUGACACUCUUGACAUUGUCUGCAUCAGUUCCUGGGAUGAAACCAACCUGCGAUGCACAAGGCAAUUGUCAUGCUACUGAGGGAAAUAGUGCAAUUUGUUUUGUGGCUCUUUACCUUAUAGCUCUUGGAACUGGUGGGAUAAAGCCUUGUGCUUCAUCAUUUGGUGCAGACCAAUUUGAUGAUGCAGAUGAAACUGAGAAGGAGCACAAGAGUUCUUUCUUCAACUGGUUCUAUAUGUCAAUAAAUGUUGGUGCCCUUGUUGCUGCUUCUCUGUUGGUGUGGGUACAGACUAAUGUAAGUUGGGGAUGGGGAUUUGGCAUUCCAGCAGUGGCCAUGGGAAUUGCUGUGGUGAGUUUCUUCUCAGGUACAAAGUUGUAUCGGAAUCAGAAGCCAGGAGGUAGCCCCCUCACUCGCAUAUGUCAGGUUAUAGUUGCAUCCAUAAGAAAGUAUGAUGUUGAAGUACCUAAUGAUAAGUCUGAGUUAUAUGAGAUAGAGGAAGACUCAGAGUCAGCCAUUCAAGGAAGCCGCAAGCUAGAGCACUCAAAUGGAUUAAGAUUCUUUGACAAAGCAGCAGUGGUAGGAAAUUCAAAUAGUGUGAAGGACCCAGUAAAUCCAUGGAGACUUUGCACUGUGACUCAAGUGGAAGAGCUAAAAGCUGUUGUAAGAUUGCUUCCUGUAUGGGCCACUGGCAUCAUAUUUUCAACUGUUUAUAGUCAAAUGAGCAGCUACUUCAUACUGCAAGGGGGCACCAUGGAUAACCGUGUGGGCAACAACCAAAAGAUACGAAUCGCACCAGCUACUCUUUCUGUCUUUGAUACCAUCAGUGUCAUAUUUUGGGUCAUAGUAUAUGACAGGAUCAUUGUGCCAAUAGCAAGAAGGUUCAGUGGCCGCAGAAAUGGCCUAACUCAGCUGCAGAGAAUGGGCACUGGCCUUUUCAUAUCCAUAUUUUCUAUGGUAUAUGCAGUGAUUUUGGAGAAUGUGAGACUUAAAAUGGUGAGAAGGCACAAUUAUUAUGAACUGGACCAGGUUCCCAUGUCAAUAUUUUGGCAAAUUCCACCAUAUUUGAUCAUAGGUUGUGCUGAAGUGUUCACCUUCAUUGGCCAGCUAGAAUUCUUCUAUGAACAAGCCCCUGAUGCCAUGAGAAGCACAUGUUCUGCUCUCCAACUCCUCACUACUGCAUUUGGACAGUACUUGAGCUCUUUGCUUAUAACAAUUGUCACAAAGGUUACAACUAUGAAUGGUGGUCCUGGAUGGUUACCUGACAAACCAAACUACGGUCACCUUGACUAUUUCUUCUUGCUACUCACUGUGUUAAGUGUGCUGAAUUUUAUUGUCUUCCUUCUGGUGUCAAAUUUCUAUACAUAUAAAAAAUCUGUCGAAACUCUUCGCUGAAAACUGUUUUAACUUGAACAAGAUGUUCAAAUUAUGCAGUUUCUAUAUUAGUGUCUUGUAAAUUAAGUGCUAUGUUCUGGUGCAUGCAACAUUAGAAAUUUUUGUGCUUUUAUUUCACCUUGUAUUACAUCAUCAACUGUUGUCAAAGUAAUGUGUAAAAUCCUUAUUAUUAUUAUUAUUA